CCCAACGAACAUUCGAGCUAAGCUUAUCUAGCUCGCAGCCUCUAAAUUUUCGAGCUCCUGGUGCCAGUGCUUGCUAGCAAGCUACAAUCUGCAGCAGCAGCAAUGGCGAAAACUUGCACCCUAGCGCUGCUUGGCGCGCUGGUAGUGCUCUCGCUUCUUGUGAGCCCCAUUGCUUGCUCCCGCAAGCUCGCCAAGGUGGGCGGGCACCACAAACCUGCUCCAGUCAAGGGCCACAAAAACCAGACCACCACUAACCCCUCCUCGUCCGCCGCAUACGGCGGCGGCUGGUUGCCCGCCGGCGCCACGUAUUACGGCAACCCCAACGGCGACGGGAGCGACGGCGGAGCGUGUGGCUACCAGACCGCUGUCGGGCACCGGCCGUUCUCGUCGAUGAUCGCCGCCGGGAGCUCGCCUCUGUUCAUGGCGGGCAAGGGCUGCGGCGCGUGCUAUGAUGUUAAAUGCACGAGCAACUCGGCCUGCUCCGGGAAGCCUGUGACCGUGGUGAUCACCGACCUGAGCCCCGGCAACCUCUACCCCGGCGAGCCGUGCCAUUUCGACAUGAGCGGCACCGCCCUGGGCGCCAUGGCGAAGCCCGGCAUGGCCGACAAGCUCCGCGCCGGCGGGGUCAUCAGGAUGCAGUACAAGAGGGUGCCAUGCAAGUACCCCGGCGUCAACAUUGCCUUCAGGGUGGACCAGGGCGCCAACCCCUUCUACUUCAAGACCCUGAUCGAGUUCGAGGACGACGACGGCGACCUCAAGGCAGUGGCCCUCAAGGAGGCCGGCAGCGGCGCCUGGACGCCCAUGGCGCAGGACUGGGGCGCGCUGUGGCGCCUCAACAACGGCAGGCGGCUGCGCGCCCCCUUCUCGCUCCGGCUCACCUCCGACUCCGGCAGGAAGCUGGUCGUCAACAACGUCAUCCCCGCCAACUGGAAGGCCGGGGCCACGUACCGCUCCCUGGUGAACUACCCCUGAGCCACGGCCAUAUUUACCUGCUCCGUGUGUGAAUUUUAUUUAUACCGCGAAAAGAAAGAAUGUGCGUCCGGGUGCUGCGAGAGGCGGCGUCAGAUGAGGAGGAGGAGCUUGCAAAACUGUGAUGUUCCCUCCCUGGUCUCUGCAUUCCCCUAGUGAUGUAUCAUGUGUCAUUAAUCCGUCUGUAAUUUUCCUCUUUUUUUUUGCCUUCCUCUGCUUGCUUUGUCACCGAGGAGACGACUGAACUGCAGCUAAAAUGCUGCAUGUCGAUGUACCAAGUUGUGUGUUUUUUUUACCACGCAAUCCUUGAGAAAAAUGAAAUUCCACGGUUA